AUGGAGGAAGAAGAAUUAGAAUUUGUGGCGGAUUUAGACGCAAUUUUACAUCUUACUCCUGAAGUUCAACUCGCAAUUGAACAGGUGUUCCCCAGUCAGGAUCCUCUUGAUCGAGCAGAUUUUAACACAGUUGAAUAUAUCAACACCUUGUUUCCAACUGAGCAGUCCCUGGCCAAUAUAGAUGAAGUGGUGAGCAAGAUUCGGAUGAAAAUCAGACGUCUGGAUGAUGACAUCAGGACAGUGGUGAGAGGACAAACUAAUGUGGGUCAGGAUGGCAGGCAGGCCCUGGAGGAGGCCCAGAAAGCCAUCCAGCAAUUGUUUGGCAAAAUUAAAGACAUCAAGGACAAAGCAGAAAAAUCUGAACAAAUGGUAAAAGAGAUUACUCGGGACAUCAAGCAGCUGGACCAUGCCAAACGUAACCUGACCACCUCCAUCACUACCCUCAAUCACCUGCACAUGCUGGCUGGGGGUGUUGAGUCUUUGGAGGGCAUGACACGAAAGAGGCAGUAUGGGGAGGUGGCCAACCUUCUGCAGGGAGUGAUCAAUGUGCUGGAACACUUCCAAAAGUAUAUGGGCAUCCCUCAGAUCCGACAGCUAUCCGAGAGAGUGAAAGCAGCACAGAGUGAGCUUGGUACUCAGAUCCUAGCUGACUUUGAAGAGGCAUUUCCAUCACAGGGCUCAAAGAGGCCUGGAGGACCCAGCAUUGUGCUUAAAGAUGCCUGUUUGGUGGCGAAUGUCCUGGAUCCUCGUAUUAAACAGGAAGUUAUCAAGAAGUUCAUAAGGCAACAUCUGUCUGAGUACCUAGUGCUCUUUCAGGAGAACCAAGAUGUGGCGUGGCUGGAUAAGAUUGACCGGCGCUAUGCGUGGAUUAAGCGUCAGCUGGUAGACUAUGAGGAGAAGUAUGGGCGCAUGUUUCCUGAAGAGUGGUGCAUGACUGAGCGCAUCGCUGUGGAGUUCUGUCACAUUACCAGGACAGAGCUGGCAAAGCUAAUGCGCACUCGUGCCAGGGAGAUUGAGGUCAAGCUCUUGCUUUUUGCCAUUCAGAGGACCACCAAUUUUGAGGGGCUGCUAGCUAAACGCUUCUCUGGCAGCACGUUGAAUGAUGGCCCAGGGAAGAGACCUGAGAUGCCCCUGGAGCCCACAAAUCCUUUUCUGGAGGACGAGUCGUUAGGGGACAAUGUUUCUGAGAAAGAUGAAGAUCUGGAUAGGCCUAAGAAGCCCAAGACCCCAGAGAAUCCGUUCCAUGGCAUAAUAUCCAAAAGUUUUGAGCCUCAUCUAUAUGUCUACAUUGAAUCCCAGGACAAGAAUCUUGGGGAACUGAUUGACCGCUUUGUGGCUGAUUUUCGAACACAAGGUCCUCCCAGGUCAGGCUCAGAGGAAGGGGGUGCUGUGUUGCCAAGCUGUGCAGAUCUCUUUGUCUACUAUAAGAAGUGCAUGGUGCAGUGCUCUCAGCUGAGCACAGGUGAGCCCAUGAUUGCCCUGACCACCAUCUUUCAGAAGUACCUGCGAGAGUAUGCAUGGAAGAUCCUGUCAGGGAACUUGCCCAAAACAAGCAGUAACAGCGGAGGUCUGACCAUCAGCAGCCUAUUAAAGGAAAAAGAAGGUUCAGAGGUGGCCAAGUUCACCACAGAGGAGCUCUGCCUCAUUUGUAGUAUUCUCAGUACAGCUGAAUAUUGUCUUGCUACCACACAACAGCUGGAAGAGAAGCUAAAAGAGAAGGUGGACAAAGGGCUCAUGGAAAGGAUCAACCUAACAGGAGAGAUGGACACCUUUAGCUCUGUGAUCUCCAACAGUAUCCAGCUUUUGGUUCAAGACCUGGAUGCUGCAUGUGACCCAGCCCUCACAGCCAUGAGCAAGAUGCCAUGGCAGAGUGUGGAACAUGUGGGAGACCAAAGCCCAUAUGUCACCUCUGUCAUCAUGCACAUCAAACAGAAUGUACCAAUUAUCAGAGACAACCUGGCUGCCACCCGCAAAUACUUUACCCAGUUCUGCAUCAAGUUUAUCAACUCAUUCAUCCCGAAGUUCAUCAAUCACCUCUUUCGAUGUAAACCCAUUAGCAUGGUGGGAGCUGAGCAGCUUUUACUAGACACACACUCGCUGAAGACAGUUUUGCUAGACCUCCCUUCUAUUGGCUCCCAAGUCCUCCGCAAAGCUCCAGCCAGCUAUACAAAAAUAGUGGUAAAAGGGAUGACUCGAGCAGAGAUGAUUCUGAAGGUGGUCAUGGCGCCUCAUGAGCCGUCAGUGGUCUUUGUGGAUAACUACAUUAAGCUUUUAGCUGAUGGCAACCCUGAGACUUUCCAGAAGAUUCUAGACAUGAAGGGAGUGAAGCGCAGUGAGCAGAACAGUAUGCUGGAGCUUUUCAGACUGAGGUUACCCCCUCUCCCCUCAGGGCCAGACGCAGGGCCUGCCAUGUCCUUUAGCGCUUCAACCCCUGAACAGGAGUCCUCACGCAUCCGCAAACUGGAGAAGCUCAUUAAAAAACGAAUUCAGUGACUACUGUGUCAACAUAUUAGUUUGGACUAGAUUAUGGAUCUCCUGCAGUGAGAUUAUGCAGUCCUCAAAGAUUAUGUGGACAUGUUAAAUGUUGAUAAAUAUGAAAAUUUCCACACUUAUACGAAUCAAUUGUCUUAUUCUGAAAACCUUAAUCAUUGAUCACUUUAAAACCUUAAUCAUUAAUCUUAGAAAUUGAAAGUUUAAUUGUGAAUUUUUCACUAUUGUUAAGCAUUGCUAGCAUGUAUGUCAUUCACCCCUCUACCCCAGUGUGUUUUUUGUUUUUUUUAACACUAAUGUGCAGACUUUCCAUAAUGCGUGUCUUUUACUUUGCACAUUUUUCUAAAAUAUGUUUGCACCUAAAGUAAAGUGGAUGGCAGAAAGAUUGAAGGAUUAUCCAGCUGCAACCUUGGCACAAAUCCUUCAGGCUUGUAAAUCUGAUCAUUAAAAUGAUUUAAAGGCAUUUUCCCUAAAUGCCCCCUUUUUAAUUACAGUAAAUGGUUAUGUGGAAUUCAGAGAAUAGUUUGUGUGUUAGGGGAAGGUGGGUAAAAAGGUAUACUCUGUAAUAGUCUGCAAUGUAGCAGUUGAGCCUCGGGCACUCUGUGCCACAGAGAGUUUGGGAUUUUCUGUCUUCUAGUGAGUCACAACCCAGUUGCCUUGUAUAUGCCUUUGGAAUGGGUACAGCUGUAAAGACUCACAUUGCAGAUGUUUUGAGAUGUUUAUUAUGGUCUGAGCAGACCCUGAGAAUGCAGUCUCACUGCAUGUGUGUAAUGUCUAAUUAGUCAAAAGCGUCUGGAUAAACUACUGUUAAAUUAUGUCCAUCUUAUUAUAAUAGUUAGGAAACUGGUCUUAUGCCUUGUCCAUACAUGUUUGGUUAUUAAUAUAUGAAAAUAUAAAG